GUUUCCCCACAAAGCCUCCACCUGUUCCCCACGCCGCCGGCGCUGGGUCGCCUCACAGUUGCCCCAGCACUAGCCGCCGGUUGGGGGGGGGAAUUAGGACGGAGGCAGCAGUAAAGGGAGACAGCGCGGGGGCGCGCGCACAGUGGCGACGUCUCCCUCUCUCCCCUUAGGCCGCGCUGAGUGGCGGCGGCGCGCACGCACGCACGUACGUCAGUGUGUCGGACAGCAGCGGCGGCGGCCGGGGCGAGAGAGAGAGUCUCCAGCAUCGGGAGAAGGAGGAGGGGCAGUCCGCGGCGGCGCCAUGGCGACAAACAUAGAGGAAAUAUUCCGCUCCUUCGUGGUCAAUAAAUUCAAGGAGAUCCAGGAGGAGGAGGAGAAGAUGAUCAGUGAGAACUCUGAAAGCUCUCAUAACGGUGAUCUAACAGCGCAAGGGGCCGAGAAUAUGCCUGAAGAAUCAGAUGUCUGUGUGCAAAGUGAGGGGAACAACCAAACUGCACCGAAAGCUGAAGAAAUGCAGCCCGAGACCCUGGAACUUGUGACGCCACAGACUUUGGUAGUGGAAGAAGAACAUGCUUCAAAAGAAUUAAACAUAGUAGAAGUUAGUUCUUCCGAUGAAGUGAAAAAGGAUUCAUCAAAGAAGAAGUCCAAAAAGCACAAAAAGCACAAAAGUAAAAAGAAAAAAAAGAAAAAGAAAAAAGAGAAAAAUGAAAAAAGAUCAAAAUCUGUUUCAAGCAUUGAGGACCAAGAAAAUCUGAUUUCAGAAACAAAAUCCGUAUGGAAACCAGCAUUUACAUCUCCUCCAAGAUUAGAAGAUUUGUUAUCCAAGACAGAAAUUGUGAAUAUAGAUGUGCUACCGUUAGUGAAUGUACAUGAUGUAAAUAUUGGUUCUACGAAAGAAGAGCUACCUGCUAGGCCACAGUUAGAUGUAGAGUCUGGAUUUUUUGGUCCCAAAUGUCCAAAUGAAAUGAAUUCUCCUGCCAUUUGUGAAGCUGAAAUGCCAGAACCACUUGAAGAGUCAGCUUUCAAUAAUCAGCAAAAUUGUGAAAUCACAAAGUGUAAGGAACAAGAUGGCAAAAAAGAAAGUGCAAACUCUGACACUUCAAAAUCUCAGCCAAUUGAAAUAACAUUGUCCCAGCCAUGUUUGAAUUCACAAGAAAAAGCUGUUGCGUUAAGCAGUAGUACACUGAGUGAGAGAAAAGAAGAUUUGCCUUCUCUUUCAGAUGAAGCAUCUGCAUUAGUAUCAAGAUCACGGACGAAAUCGGACAGUGAUAAGUUUCCAAAAUCUGCUGCAAAGUCACGAUCAAGAUCUAAAUCUUUGUUAAGGCAGCAUCGAUCAAGAUCUAAGUCGUUUGUAAAGGCCUCAAAGUCCCAACAAAUCAGUUCCAAGUCUACUACCAGACAACAGUCACGUUCUAGCUCCUAUGGUCGAAGACUGCAACGGUCUCGAUCCAGCUCACUAGCUCGGCGGCAGAGGUCAGCCUCCAAAUCUCCAGUGAGGCGGAGACGAUCUCGAUCUAGAACUUCUAAAUCCCCUGUAAGGAGUUGGUGGUCACAGUCCAUAAAAAACAGGCAAAGAUCAGUGUCAGUUGGAAGAAGAUACCGGUCAAGAACUAAAUCGCCUGCAAGGAGACACAGUUCGAGAUCCAGAUCAAUUGAAAUAAGGCAUCGUUCAAGGACAAGGUCCUCUGUUACAAAGCAUAGAUCAAGGUCCAGAUCAACAAAUUGGAGACGAAAAUCAAGGUCAACCAGCAGAAAAGCUAGGUUGCGGUCAGACUCAAGAGGUCGGAGGAGAAGAUCAAAAUCUGCAAAACGGAGACGAUCAAGGUCAGGCUCAGCUGCGCGAAAGCGGAUAUCGAGGUCUGGUUCUGUUACCAGAAGACAAAGGUCCAGGUCUAGCUCAGCAACCAGAAGACGGAGGUCCAGAUCUUGCUCAGUAGCCCAAAGGAAGAGGUCUGGCUCAGCAGACAGAAGGCGGAGGUCCCCCUCUGCUUCCAGGAGGCGAAGGUCAAGGUCCCCCUCUGCUUCCAGAAGGCGAAGGUCCAGAUCCCCCUCAGCUACUAGGAGGCGAAGGUCCAGGUCCCCCUCUGCUACUAGGAGGCGAAGGUCCAGGUCCCUCUCUGCUACUAGGAGGCGAAGGUCCCCCUCUGCUACUAGGAGACGAAGGUCUGGGUCAGCCAGAAGGCGUAAGUCCAGGUCCAGCUCUACGACCAAGAGACGCAAGUCCAGAUCAGUCUCGGCACCUAGAAGACGUAGGUCCGUGUCUUUGGCUAGGAGGCACAAGUCAAAGUCCGGCUCAACAGCCAGAAGGCGUAGGUCCAGGUCCAGCUCGGCAGGCAGUAAACAUAGGUCUAGGUCCGGCUCUGUCAGAAGGCAUAGGUUGAGAACUGGUUUUGACGCAAAGAGACAGAAGUCCAAAUCCAUGUCACCCACCAAUAGAGUACGUGCCAGGUCAAGCUCAACUGCCAGAAAAGGACAAACACAGUCUACCACAAAAAAUAUCUCAAGAUCUGCUAGAGGACGAAGAUCAAGGUCAGGAUCAAGAUCAGUUGAAAGGAAGAAUAGAUCUGGGUCUAGAGCAUCCACUGAACUCAGGAGGUCAAGGUCCAUGUCAUUAAAUAAAAAGCAGCUUCCCGAAUCUUCAGCUGAGAAGGAGACUAAUUCUACUUUAUCUUCAAAAAUCAGUAGAGAUGAACUGGAAUUACUUAAUAUAGCAGGAUCACAUUCUAAAUCCUUAACAUAUCAAGAGCAGAUUACAUCACCAGUAAACCUGCUGGAGCCAGGCAAUGAAAAUGAGAAAGUAAUGGAGUCCUCCACCUUUGCAGCAGUUACGAAUUUUCAUGAUUCUCCAUUGAAGACUUCUGACCAAGAGAAGCAGGCAGCAUGCACUGAUUCCAAGUCGCUAGUCCAACUGCAAAAUCUUUCAUCUCCUAAAGAGCCGCAAACUCUUCCGAAGCCUUCUAUAGAAUGUUGCCCGGAAACUGAGCCGAUGCAUUUAUCAUCAACACAGACAGACUGCUCAGAACUGCCAGCAGUAUCCAUAAAUAUAUUCAGUACACAAAAAGACUCUACCAGGUUGGAAAUUUUAAAUGAUACCCCUUUAAAACCUCUGAAAGCAGUCAGUCCGGAUAUUAAUAAAGGAAGACUUAUUUAUCCAGUAGAUGAGCCAGAGUUUAAUACUGUAGUAAAUACUGCAGAAUAUGGAUCAAGCAACAGUAAUUCCGAAGAAAAAUCUUCAGGCAAGUUGUCCAGUGUUGCAAAUGUGGAAAUUGAGGUUGUACAAAAUCCAGAACCAAGAAUCAUCAGUGACACCUCCACAAAUAAAGCUUGUGUUCCAGUGAUUACACCAGGUCAUGUGGGAAGUUCUAGCACAACAAAUACAUCAAAACAGCAGAAGCCUGAAGUUUCUGGUGAAAGAGGCAUAGUUGUUUCUGCUCAGGAUGAUGACGCUACUGACACCACAUCUGACUAUAAGCACGUUAUUGAUGAUACGCUAGAAUUAGCUAACCAAAAUUUAGUUACUUUAAGCAAUGCCAUUUUAAAAUCUGAAGACAAUGCAUUUAAUCUUAAAUCGACUAGUAAGCCCAUUUCUCCAGCCAACCCCUUAACCUUAUCAAGCAUAGAACAGCCAAGUCAUCAUGUCACUACGACGUGCUUUGUAAAGGAUGCAGUUGUGUCCAACAAAUGUUCAAAUCAGGAUUUCCGUAAAUCUGAUGAGGUAUACAAUUUAUUAAGUUCACCUCAGAGACUUUUUCGGUCCGAGACUAGUGCACACACAGAAAAAUCCAGCACUUGGCCUGAGCAAGGCAUCAGCAGUUAUGAAUCAAACAAUGAAAUGGAACAGUUGCAUUAUGCUUCCCCCACUAUCAUCACUUCUGAAGCAAGGAUGAAGCCAUCUUUCUCUCCGGCAGUUCCCCACAAAGAUUUGGAUUUAUUAUGUAAUAGGCAAGCUAAGUCUCCGAUAGCCACAGCAUUUUCAAGUGAAGCCUUGAAUUCGUCUGUACUUGGUAGUCCAAGAACUGUUCUUUCUGCCAGUACCCAGCUUUCAGAACAAGGAAUCUUGUUAAACAGUGAUGAUCCUUCAGAAAACUAUUUUUCAAAGCAGAACGAUGCGACAGUUUCUAAUUUCAAGUCAUCGAUCAUGACUAAAGAUACAGUGAAAGAGGAUUGUUCUGAUGGCUCUCAAGCAAUUCAAGAAAGGCUAUACUUAAGUAAGGACUCUAAUUCACAUGACUGUAUUCCUAUACCUACUAGUGGGUCUGAAAGAGAAUUUACUAAAUCCAGUAGUUUGCAAAAAGAUUUUCAAGUUGUCAAAAAUACUGACCGAAGUGUGUUCACCCAACAUGAACAGAAUUCCACUGUGUCUAAUGAGACAACUGAAGAGAGUAUGAAAUCUGAUGACCUUGUUGGAAGCUUCGCAGUAGACAAACCUGUACAGAAGGGAAUUUUACCACAUGAAUAUAUUGAUCUCUGUGCUCGUAACACCAAUAUAAAUGACCUAUCUAAUUCCUCAGAAAAAUCUGGAACAUUUUCAGAAGUUUCCACACAGCUGGAAUUAGCUGAAGCCAGUGCGAACCUGCAAGUUCUAGGCAAACACAAGAGCACAGGCGAGCCUGAGAGGUUACACUUUACUCAUUUAAAGUCUUCAGUUCUAAAUUCAGCAGAAAUUUUUUUAAUAUGUCACCAAAAGGAUGAGAAGACUGUCUCCAGCAUUCAGGGUAGUGAAUGUUUUGAAUAUAGUCCACCACAUAAAGAAUCUGGUGGUUUGCAAAAUUUCCCACCUUUAUCUGCUGCAGAGCAGCAAAUUUCUCAGCCGCUUACGCAAGACAAGCUUCACAUUUGUGUAUCCACCAGCAGAGGCAACGAUGUGUGCAGUGUGGAAGAAAAGACUGCUUCCCUUCACAAUCAAAUUCCACCAUAUAUUUCUUAUGCGGAGCACCCUAGUUCCAAAGAACAGAAUGUUGAUUUACUGGAGUCUGAAGUCAAGUCUUUGCCGGCAUCUAUCAAACCUGAUGAAUCUGAUUCUGGUUCCUCUGACAAGGUCCCUGAACAUAUAUUUGACAUCCCUGCAGCUCAUCCAUUGUCUUUUUAUAAAGGAACGGACAUUAAAAAGCAAAUAUAUGAUGAGGGACCUGCAAAUAGUGAUGGCAAAGGCUCUUAUCCUAAACAUUAUGGCAGAGGUCUUUGUAAACCUCUUACAGCUGACAAUAGAUAUGAAAAACACAAAAGAAGUAAGGGCAAAGAUUCCUCUUAUAGCAAUGCAAGAGAAGGACAUACCCCAAGUGCAAGCACUCCCAUUAUUGGUGAGCAUGAAUACAAAAACCUCACAAUUGCAGCAGAUGAAGAAUCUCUAGUUGUUAUACCAAGCACAAAAAAAUGUUCUGAUUCACCUAUGAUUUUUAAAUUAGACAUUGUGAACGUUGAGAAGAGCCAUUUGGUUGCGGAGAAAAUAUCUGAAUUAUCAGAAAUGAUCGUUGAACAAACUGCUUCAGAGGUCAGAAAGGUCAGCAAGGAUUGCUCUCUACAUAACAGUGAUAAUCUGGAUUCCAGUGUGGUCUGCAAGGACAUGGUAGUUGAUCAUAGUCGGUCCAGUAAACAGACUGAAAAGGAAGCUAAAAGUGUUGCUUCGUCAAAUUAUGCACUGCCUUGCAAUACUGAAAGUAACAACUUAAGCACGUCUAGUACUAUCCUGUCAAAUACAACCAAAAUAGCCAAAUUAGAAAGUCGUCUUCGUGACUUUGUGAAGCAGAAAAAUUUGAGUGCCAGCCAGGAUUAUGAACCUGCUUCAAUCUCCAGAGCUUCUGAAUCUAAAUACUGUAAUAAAAUUCCUGAGCAGGAACAUUUACAGUUGGAUGUUCUAGAGACUGAUAAAAGCAGCCAUGAAAAGCUUAUUAAACCUUUUUCUGCAGUGAGUAGCCACUUGUUGAAUCAGAAAAAGUCUUCUGAAAUUGGGUUUAAUUUAGUGACCCUUCUGCCUAAGCAUGAGACAGUGCUGAAUCGUGAACAAAAAAAUUCAAAGACCAACAUUCUUAGUUCUGUUAAACCCAUUGAAGCCAGUGCCGUUGAGGAGAAUGAAAAAGCUCACAUUUCACAUUCUAAAGGGGCACAUGUUGGUUCAAAACCAAAUAAACCACAUAUAGAUCAAAUAUUGUCUUUUAAGCCCACUCUGCAUGACAUGAAGAAGUCUUCUGAAAUACCACUGCCAUUGCACUUUAAAUUCACCAAUACAUUUAAGAGUGUCACUAUACCUGAUUUGUGUAACAUCUCAGAAGACAGCUCUGGUAUAGAGACCUCUAAAAACAAGUCCUCCCCAGAGCCCUCAUGUCCCACCACACUAUCUUCAGAGGCUUCAGUGUCUAGCUUAGGGUGUUCUCUUGAGUUACCUUCUGCUCAUCCAAGUGCUAUUGUUUGUGAAGAAUCCUCAAAAUCCAGCUCUCUUGAAAAACCCUCACCUGAUGAACAUUCUGUGCCCCCACAACUGGACAGUGAAACGGAACAACCAACUGGUAAAAACUUGUUGCCUGAUAACAUCCAGGGAUCAGAUGACUCACAGUCCUGCUCUACCAAGCAUGCAUUUCCCCAUCUGUCAAAUGCUUUGUCUAAAUCAGGUGUUAAGCAGCGUCAGUAUCGCUCAAGGUCAGUGGCCCGGGAUAGUCGCUCACUGUCUGGAGACAGGGGACGGACUUCUCGGUCAAGGUCAAAGUCCACAGCCCGAAGAAGACGUUCUCAUUCAAAAUCUGUGCCUCGGAAAAAGCGAUCACAGUCCUCAACAAGAAAGAAAAGCUCUCAUUCAAAAUCUGUCAAAAAGAAACGCUCACGCUCCAGGUCUGGAGGACGGAAGCGACGCUCACAGUCUAAGUCUAAAGGCAAGAAAAAACGCUCACCUUCCAAAUCAUCUGGAAAAAGAAAGCGCUCAAGCUCAAAAUCAUCAGAGAGGACCCGAUCUGUUAAACCUUUGGGGAAGCAGCGAUCUUCACGCUCCAAAUCUAAAACUCGAAAAAACCGAUUACAGUCUAAAUCCCCAGGCAGAAAAGGAAGGUCACGCUCUAAAUCGGGAGCCAGGAAGAGUUCACGUUCCAAGACAUCCGGUAAUAGAAAGUCUUCUCGCUCUUAUUCACCAGCAUGGAGAAGGCAGUCACGCUCUAAGUCUUUCUCCUCAAGGAGUCGCUCACGGUCAUUGUCUGCAUCUCCAAAAAGAUGUUCCCGCUCAAGAAAUAAGGGCCGUUCUCUCUCCAGAUCUCCAGCCCCACGGCAUCGUAGUCGUUCAAGAUCACGUGCUCGCUGGAAUCGCUCAAGAUCUCGAGGAAGGUGGUGUCGAUCUCGUUCUUUGUCAACUUCCAGACGACGUCGCUCUAGGUCAUCUUCUAGACUUUCUCGUUCUUUGUCAACAAAGAAAAGAAAAUCCUUGUCAAAGUCGCCUGUCCGCAGACGCCGCUCGCGGUCACAAGCCAAGCAGAAAGACAAAUCUCCUGUAAGUAAACCGAAGUCCACUUCUCCACUACCACAAAAGAAAAUAGCUUUGUCAAAAUCUGCAGCAUUUAAGCACAGUAUUGGAUUAAAGUCUCUUAUUCAGAAGCAGCUAUCCCAAGCAAAGUCCAAAGGUGUUGGUGGAAAGUUGUCAGUUAAGGAACAAAUACCAUUGCCUACAGUAACAGCAAGAGCACAAUUGCCCAGUUUUUCUACUAGAGCAAAUGUUCCUGUGCCCAACUUGACAAAUGUAGGACAAAUACCGGUGCCCAAUUUGGCAGAUGUACCUUUGCCCACUGUGACUACUGGAGGACAGAUUCCUUUGCCCAGUGUUCCUCCUGCAGAACAAUUGUCUGUGUCAAAUUUAGUUGCUGAAACACAAUUAUCUGUACCUGACUUAACCAAUGCAACUCAAUGGCAUGUUCCCGAUAUGUCUAGUGGAUCUCAGUGGCCUGUGCCUGAUAUUGCCACUGGAACUCCGUGGUCUGUUACUGACUUGGGAAAUGGUACUCAGUGGCCUAUGUCUGAUCUAGCAGCUGGUUCACAUUGGCCUUUGCAUGACAUGACUGUUGGAACACAAUGGUCUGUACCUGAUCUUGCUGCUGGAACACAGUGGUCUAUGCCUGAUGUUGCCACUGGAGCACAAUGGGCAGUACCUGACUUGACUGCUGGAGCACAAUGGACGGUGCCUGACCUUACUGCUGGACCUCAGUGGGCUAUGACAAAUCUAGCUCCAGGAACACAGUGGGCCGUGCCUGAUCUGGCCGCUACAACGCAGUGGACUGUGCCUGAUCUCACUUCCGGAGCUCAGUUACAAGGGGCAGACAUGGCCUCCGAAGCCCAAGUUCCGGGGUCUGACCUUGCCCUUGAAGCCCAAGUUCCAGGUUCUGACCUAGUCACUGAAGCGCAGGUACCAGGAUCUGACUUAGCAACGGAAGCCCAGGUUCCUGGCUCAGAUAUGGUAUCUGAAGCCCAGGUACCGCCUGAGCACGAGCUAGCACCUGAAACACUUAAUCUGAUGCCUGAUGUAGCUGCUGAAGCCCUAGUGCCAGUAGCUAGUGGGACUCUUGUGCCAGAUGUAGCUGCUGGAAUUCAGUUGCCUGAUGUCGCUGCUGUAGCACGGAUGCCAGUUCCUGAUGUUGCUGCUACAACGCACAUGCCAAUGCCAGAUGUGGCUACUACAGGCCAAAACCGGAUGUCUGACUUUGUUCCUGCAUCGGCUUAUAUGUCUGCCCAUGAACCAUUGUUUGAUGUUGAUAAUGCAUCCAAGCCAUCCAUUUACUCUGACUUUGUUCAGGCUUUGUCACCUGAAGAGCACGCUGAUCGUUCUGCUUUGUCAAAGCCCAUCGCGUCUCCUGAACACCAACCUCCUGAACACCAAGCUGAGGCUGAACGGUUUGAUACGAAUACACAGCAAUCAACUCAUGAGCCUAUGGCUAGUAGUUACCACAAGAACAAACUCUCUUCAUCCUCUGUGCAGUUUCCAGCACUUAGUGAGCCUGAAUAUCCAUUGUCCAGUGAACUUAAUGUCAGGACGUCACCACUAGACAAACAGGCUGAUCAAAUAGUCAAUGUCACGAUGACUGAAAUGCCUGAAAAUUGUUCACAAAUACUGUCUUGUGCGGAUUCUGCACCUCAUCCAGAUAGUGAAACAUGUAGUACAUCUGAGAUUGCAUUUAUUGAACCCUGCCUAGAUUCUGAACAUCAGUUAUUGACUGUAGAACACACACUUUCUAUCUGUCCCCUAUCUAAUGAUUCCACUGUUAGUCAUGAACAUGGCUUAUUCAUUGAACCCCAUGCAAGCUCUGAUGGUUCUUUUCUUGUUGAAUCCCUUUCUGGUUCUGACCGUCCUCUUCAGGUUGAAGCAAGUGACAGCCCUGAUUGUCUUGACAGCCAUCCACUAGUUGAACCCUACACAAGUCCUGAUUGCACCUUACUUAUUGAACCAUACCAUAGUCCUGAUCAUAACCUACUGGUAGAAUCCUAUUCCAAACCAGAUCACACAUUAUUGGUUGCCCCUUAUGCCAGUCCUGACCACCUUCUAUUGAAUGAGCAAUGCUCCAGUUCUGACUCUCAGUUGGUGACUGAUUUGUGUAGUGGUUCUGAUAACUCCCACUUGGUUGAAACUUGUACUAGUCCUGAGCACACUCUGCUGGUUGAACCUUAUGUUAGCCCAGAACGUCCCCAGCUGGUUGAACCUUAUGUGAGCCCAGAACGGCCUCAGCUGGUUGUAUCAUAUGCCAGUCCAGAACGACCCCAGCUAGUUAUAUCGUAUGCCAGUCCAGAACGGCCCCAGCUGGUUGUAUCAUGUCCCAGUCCAGAACGGCCCCAACUGGUUGAGUCCUAUGCCAGCCCAGAACGGCCCCAACUGGUUGAAUCCUAUGCCAGCCCAGAACGGCCCCAACUGGUUGAAUCCUAUGCCAGCCCAGAACGGCCCCAACUGGUUGAAUCCUAUGCCAGCCCAGAACGGCCCCAACUGGUUGAAUCCUAUGCCAGCCCAGAACGGCCCCAACUGGUUGAAUCCUAUCCCAGCCCAGAACGGCCCCAACUGGUUGAAUCCUAUCCCAGCCCAGAACGGCCCCAACUGGUUGAAUCCUAUCCCAGCCCAGAACGGCCCCAACUGGUUGAAUCCUAUCCCAGCCCAGAACGGCCCCAACUGGUUGAAUCCUAUCCCAGCCCAGAACGGCCCCUACUGGUUGAAUCCUAUCCCAGUCCAGAACGGCCCCAACUGGUUGAACCAUAUGCCAGCCCUGUCAACACCCACCUGCUUGAACCAUAUAGCAGCCCAGAAUGCCCACAGCUGGUUGAACCGUACUGUAGUCCUGACCGCCCCCAGCUGGUUGAGCCAUAUGCCAGCCCUGACCACCCCCAGCUGGUUGAGCCAUAUGCCAGUCCAGAUCACGUCCAGACAUGUAAACCUUACUUUAGUCUUGUCUUGACUGAAACAUUUUGCAGUCCUGCUGAAGCCAUUCCUAUCUCCCCUGAAAAGCCUGAAGAUGAAGUAUGUUCUAGCCCCAGCCACCCUUUGGCAUUAAAAACGUCUGACCUUGUUCAACAUCCUGUUUCAUACAAUCCGCCAUGCAGUAAUGAUAUAUCAGACAAAACUGAUGAAAGUCUUGACUCCUCUUCAGUUGAUCCAAUUGCCAGAUCCAAACUGAUACAAAAUCCUCAGCCCACUUUGAAAUUUAGUUUUGAUCAACUAGAUGAAUGCUCUGUACAGCCAGCUGUAAAACCAGAACUUGACAUUUCUGAUUGCCCCCAUUUAGAUAAACCUGUUAACAUUGUUAAACCACUGCCAGAGGAAACUUGCCAGGUGCAUGUGCAAACAUAUUCCCAUGAAAGUGGUUCCAGCCCUAGCCAGGCUCCUUUGGAAGAAUGCUGUAGUAACCCGAUUAAAAAUAUUUCAAAGGAACUUUAUGGCAGUCCUCAACAUUCCAACCGGAAUGAAUGCACCGAUCACUUACUGUCAAAUGAACACUAUGCAAAGCCAGCCCAAGUAGACUUUCCCAGCUCUACCAUAGCUCAGCUGGAUGAAUCCUGUUCCACCAUUGAUCAUCCCAAGCAUUCUCCUUCUGACUCUCACGAUCAGCGGCCACUUGAUGAAACGUGUGCCAGCCCUGACCAACUCAAGCUAAAGGAACAGUGUGUCAGCCAUGAUCAGUCCGAGCAGAAACCACUUUGUGCUACAUUUGAACCUGCCCACUCAAAGGAAGAUUAUGUCAACACUGACCAACCACAGCCAAACACAAUGUAUACUGUCUUAGACCACCCCCAUCAGGAGGAAUACAUUUCCAGUGCACUCAGACCAAACAUAGAUGAACAUUGCUCUAGUGGUACCCAAGCGCCACUCGUUGAAUCCAUGCAUAUAUCCAGUGAAUCUUUAGGUUAUGAUUCUUAUUCUAGCUCUCACAAGCCUUUGCAUAAGUACUGCCUUGAUCAUUCAGAUACAGUUGUAGAGCAUGGCUCCAUAAAUAUCUCCGACAGGUCUGUGUGCAGUCCUUACCAAGUGCCCUCUAGUCCUAAUGAGCCGCUGCCUGCAGGUGAUGCAGUGGCUGGUCUUCAUGUGCCACUGGUGUUUGGAGAUGCAGCGUCUGAUCUCCACGUACCGCUGAUGAAAGGUGAAGCAGCAUCCGCAUCCCAUGAGCCACUGCCAGGGGACAUAGCAUCUGGUCAUGAAGUGGAGCUGGCAGGUAUUGCAGCUGGUACAGACUUGGCUGGUGAAGACACUCCAGGUGAAGCAGCACCCUGUGUGGACUCUCCACUGGCGUACAGCAUAACACCUGGAUCCAAAUCACCUGUGCAGGACAGUGUCACACCUGGUUCCAAGUCCCCUGUGCCUGAGAGAGAAGUAGGCAGUUCCGUCUCCCCCGUGCAAGAAACACCUGUGUCCUGUUUUGAUCAAAUUCCCUCUAAAAGAAAGGCGUACAGGUUGCAGCCAGUUAAACCCCCAGUUAUCACUGAGCACCUCUUAGCAGAUGAAACCGUCGGUAGUCUUGACAAUAGUUUGUUGGAUAGGUCAACAACAACUGCCGAUCAUCUGCUAGUGAAAAAACCUCUUCUCCGCUCAGAUCGGCUACUUCAGCAUGAAUCACUAGAAAUCUGCAAAAAUCCUUUUUCAGAAGAAUCCUUUCAUAGCCCUAGACAUUCCCCUAAAGAUAAUCUAGCCACUCCUGAUGAUUGCAGCGAACCCUGUGUGUUUUCUGCCAAAACUAACCAAACCCUUCCUGAUGGAGCAUAUUCCAAUGCCAGCCAACCGGAUGCCCAAAAAAUCCUUCAAACAGAUGACCCUCUUACCAGUGACCUUCCCCUAUCGGCAGAACCAAUUUCUAAUAAAUAUGCUAGUGUUUUAUCACCUGGGAAAAAUACAUCUUGUGCAGCUGAUUUACCCUGUUCUAACCAAGAUCAAUCACAGACUUUCACUUCUAAUCAGGUAUCAGUGAUGUCUGUUGAAUCAGCAUCUGAGGAUCCUGAUAACCAUCUUAAAAUUAGUCACCAUUAUAAAAUUUCACCUCCAGACCUAUUGCCGUAUGAUUCUGAACAGCCAACAGGAAUGUCUUCUACAUCUGAACCUUCGAAUGAGCCUGUUCUAUUCAACUCACAGCCACCUCCAGAGCUCCUGCCAUAUGACUCUGAGCAACCGGCAAACCCUUUUCUCAGUAUUGCAGACUAUUCUUCUGACCAGAGUUCUUCGGUUUUUCAUACACCACCUGAGUUGUUGCCCUAUGAUUCUGACCAGCCUACUGUUUUGAGUCCAAAAAAAAGCUCAGAUACUUGUGUAGAAGAAUUACCAGUCUGCAAAUCAACCAAUGAGCUUGUUCAAAAUGAUCCUCCUGUCAUGUUAAUUUCCCUAACAGAAUCUCCAGAAUUUAAUGCACUUUCUGUGGACUGUUUCUCAGAGACUCUACCUAAAAGUAGUAAAAAACAGUGCGACAAUGAACAGUUUCCCAGUUCGAGUUUAAAAACACAUGAGCAGUCAGAUGAAAGUUGUAAAACUGAAACAGCGCCUCACCAUGUGACUUCUGUAAAUGAAUUAUCAGUUAGCAUUAAGUUUGAUACGUUGGAAGGUACUAUAAUGAAGGAUCCUUUAGAAGAGGAAGUCGGGUCUUCAGAAACGUUAGCUGAACAUACGGCAUCCAUAACAUCAGUUGCUCAUAUUUCUCAGGAAUUAUCGUGUUCUGUAUCUUCUGUUGAUAAGCCAGUCUGUGUAUCUGAGCAGCCAUGUUUGUCUGAAUUACCAUCUCAUCAGCCUUUUACAAAAAUUGAGCAGUCUCUUCAAGAGUCCGUUUUGGUUCCAGAGCUACCCAUGAAAUCUGAUUGUCCCAUUUAUAGAAUUGAAGACCAAACAGAACAAACGUCUUUAUUAUCAAAUAUUUCUCCCACUUCUGAGAUACUGGGUUCUGCGGAAAUGGUGUUGGUGAAUGUUUCAGAGUCUGAACUCUCCACCGAAAUGCCUGCAACAGAAGGAGUAGUGACUUUGGAAGCUACUACCAAAUGUUCACAAUCUACGUCUUUGUCAAAAACAGACAUUCCACAAUCCCUUGCUACGGCUACAGAGAACGAGUCCCACCCAGAAUCCAAAAGCCGAAUGGCACGAUCACAAUCAAGAUCAGAGGACAGGAGAAAAUCAAGAUCAAAAUCUGCUACACGAAAAAAGCGGUCACGCUCAAAGUCUGGUAGAAAUAAGUCCCAUUCUAAGUCGCCGUUGAGAAUGAGGCGUUCUCGUUCUACAUCCGCAACUGAAAAAAAGAAGUCACGCUCUGCUUCGGAUACAAGAAAAAGGAGGUCUCCUUCUGCUGUCAGGAAAAGGCGUUCUCGAUCUGCCUCUUUGGGUCGUGGAAGACAUUCUCGUUCAGUGUCAGUAGCCAAAGGGAAGGACUCCCGAUCCCGAUCUGUGGCUCGCAGGAGAUCCUCACGCUCACCCUCUACAGCUCGAAGAAGACGGUCCCGCUCUUCGUCAUUCAGAAAGCGCUCUCAUUCAUCAUCUGUUGGACGCAAGCAGUCACGUUCACCUUCUGUGGCUCACAGGAGGCGCUCUCGAUCCCAUUCUCUCUCUCGAAGGAGGCACUCACGAUCUGCCUCUACAUAUCGCAGAAGGCACUCUCGCUCACCAUCUGUCACUCGUAGGAGACGCUCUCCAUCUGUGACCCGCAGGAAGCGCUCUCGCUCCCCGUCCGUAUCCCGCAGAAGGCGCUCCCCUUCACCGCCUGUGUCGCGCAAGAGACGCUCCCCUUCACCACCCGUGUCUCGCAGGAGGCGCUCCCCUUCACCAUCUGUGGCUCACAGGAGGCGUUCUCCUUCACCUCCUGUUGUACGCAGGAAGCACUCCCCUUCACAGACCGUUGUCCGAAGAAGGCGUUCCCGCUCCCCAUCUGCCUCUCGCAGAAAACGCUCUGGCUCUCAGUCAGCUUCUCGCAAAAGGCGUUCACGUUCCUCAUCAGCUCCCAGAAAAAGGAGGUCUGGCUCCAAAUCGCCAUCACCAAAAUCACCAAUAAACAAGCAACGCGCUCAGUCAAAAUCUGAUCGAUCUCGGAGUCGCUCGCCAAGUAAUAUUGCACGUAAGAGGAAAACACGGUCGCGAUCUUCAUCAAGAGACAAAAACAAAUCCAUUGAAAAGAGGCGUAAAAGAUCAAGCUCUAAAGAUCACUACAGCAUUAAGCAAAGACGAAAAAGUCGAACGCCUCCCAGGCGGAAAAAGUCGAGAUCUCCUGCAAGAAAAGCAAGUGUGUGUAAAUCUCCAGUUAGAAGACGCCGGUCGCGGUCACCAGUAAGGAGGAAGAGUUUCAGCAGGUCCCCCGUUCGUCGAAAGCGAUCAAGAUCUAGAGACCAGUCAAUGGACUCCAUGAGGUCGCCAAAACGCCUUACUGAUCUCGACAAAGCACAGCUUCUGGAAAUAGCUAAAGCGAAUGCAGCUGCCAUGUGUGUUAAGGCUGGAGUGCCAUUGCCACUUAGCUUGAAGCCGAUUACUACGCCUGCUGCACCCUCUGAUGAAAAAAUUACCCAUAGGACUUAUGGUGUUACAAUACAAGAACUUACUGAGAAAUGUAAGCAAAUUGCGCAGAGCAAAGAAGACGAUGUGAUUGUGAAUAAGCCUCAUGAUUCUGAUGAGGAGGAAGGAGAUCAACCUUUUUAUAAUCAUCCAUUUAAAGUCAGUGACCAUAAACCGAUUUCCUUUAGCUUAAUGAAUCCCAGCCUAAAACCGGCUCCGAAAACUCAGGUGACUCUGACUAAAGAGUUCCCAGUUUCCUCCGGAUCUCAGCACAGGAAAAAAGAGUCGGAUAAAGUCUACGGCGAAUGGGUUCCCGUGGAUAAAAAAAGUGAAGAAAGCAAGGACGACGUUUUCACAAAUACAGUUCCCUCACAGUUCUAGAAUUGUUUGAGGAAGGUGGAUUAACCACACUUAGAUACCUGUUGCCAAUCCAACGUACUGAUGGGCUGAGACCCUCCCUUCUUUAAUGGCCUCAUAUGGACCUAAUGCUUCCAGAUCCUGAGUUCUGAUUGGUUGCAAACUGGUCAUUAAAGAACCGUAAGGACUGAUUCCUAACAACUACAGGAAAACGCAGAGACGUCCAGCUCCCAGAUGCGCAGAAACAGUGUACAAUUCAUCAAAUCAAUGGACGUAUAGAAAUAUAUAUAUAUUUUUCUUUUCUGUGCAAAGUUGUGAGCUUACUCAGCAUCUCUCCACAUAACCCUGUAAUGGUAUUGAACAUCCACAAACAUGAAACAAAGUCAGUAUCACUAAGUGGGUGUGUAAUAAUUCAAUCCUUUUUUUUUUUUUUCCUUUUUACAUUUGAAUAAAGUUUCUGCUUGACCUGUUUUGGCUACUGCAAUUACACAAUGCUUGUCUACACAUAAUGGUCGUCAGUGUAACCAUACCCGUAUGCAAGAUUAACUUGGUUCCGUACUGUACCUAUGUAACUAUUUAAGUACCUCCUUUUGCAUGGAUCUUCACUUCCAACACAAAAAUGCUUAAUUCUCAUCACCGAUGGCUCAGUUUAAUCUGAUACUCCGCAUAUUUAAGUACAAAACAGUGUGCGUCUGCUCACUUAUAAUUAGAGGUGGAGAGUAGUUUCAUUUUUAUAAACUAGACUGUAUGUGUUUCAUCUAACAAAUUCUUUUUGUGUGGAAUGUCGGUAUAGAAUGUUUCUAAAACAAAAAAUUAAAUGAGUCUGUAAUAUUGUGAUUUACCGAAGAUUACAAUGUUCCAAAACAAACAUUCAAGUUGGGUUAGAUAAGUGGAAUUGUCUCAAACUCUGGCCAUGGAAGAAGAUGAGCUUUGGACUAUUCUCUGCUCGUUCCUGCUAAGAGAUGAAGGAUUUUAUUUUAUUUUUACAGAUGGAGAACUUUUAAAGUACCCUUUUUCCAUCAGAAUUUUGGGAAGGGUUGCAGUGAUACACAGGGAUCACUUACACCAGUUACUUAAACACCAAUGUGGAACAAGGUUCUCUGAUUUUUUUGUUUUUUACAUUUGACUGCUCAGUUUGGUCCCUUUUGAUUUUUUUUUAUGGGGCAAAUAAAGAAAAAAGGAACAAUACAAACCAGUUUCACAUUUAAUGGUCAAGAAGUUUUCUUAAUGCACCAAAAGAAAGCUGAAGAACUUGGUUUCAAGUAAUAACUUACUGUUAGCCUAGUUGCUACCCAAAGGACAAUGGAUUAUGCUUACUUACUUUGCACUUAAAAUAUUUGAAGCUUCCCUGCGCUAUAGCAGACGGGCAGUACAACGCUAGUCCUCCACAUUUGUGCUGUCCGACAUUUAGGCAAGGCCGUGUCAAUCCUAACUUCAUUGUUCAUUAAUUUUAAGACCACACCCACAUAGAUGAAUGACAAUAUUACACAGGCCUCAACUUCAGCAGCGGGACACUAAAGAUGUGAUGACCGUGAAAAGGAAAGACUUAUUGUUCAGGAUAAUGCCCUUUGAAUGUAAAAAUACAGCAACAGUUGAGUACAAUUCCACAGUAGCACUUCCUAACCCGGUGCUGAGAAUCCUCAGACAACAGAACACUUUAUAUAGUGCUUUUCAAAGCCGCACUAUGUUUUAGAUGAUAUGCACUCACCCGUUUCUGAACUGUGCUGAUCCUUUUGUGGCUUGUCCGGUGGCUUCAUUGAUGUGCUGAUUGCACCAUUGUAUGAUGAUAUUAACGUUGUUCUGUUUUCAAGAAACUCUUAUAGCUAGAUGUGCGGUGGUCUUAUCUUUUUUUUUUCUUUUUUUGCUGUAAGUUAGAAUGAUGGAGGAUGAUAAAGUUCGCAAUUUCUGCGCAGUGUGUAGAUGGCAGGUGACGUUUCUAAACAUCAGAGAGCGCAAAAGCCGUACUCAAGGGAAUUUUGCAACACAAUUUCUGAGUAUCCACUAUCUGCCAGAGUAAGCAGUGCCUUGCAUUAUAAUGGACACUUCUGGUAGCGGUGCAGCCAACGCUGCUUGUAAAUAAUGUUUCUAUUGUAAAUUGACUUAAUCUGAAGUCAGAAACAGCUGUACAUACAUAUUGUUAUGUUUAAAAUGUAUGAAAAUAGUUGAAUAAUGGGCUGAUUAUUAAUGUGCUUUUUAUUUUAAACAACAACAAAAAAAUUGUUUUAUUUUUACUUGGGGUAUGAUAUAUAAUUUUUUUCUCGUUUGUGCAGAACUGUGUGAAUAUCACCCUAAAUUUGUUGUUUCUGUCUGCAUACGACCUUUUAAAAGCUCUAAUUGCUAUGACAGGUUUUGUGUGGCUAUAUGCACCCUCUUUUCAGUCUAUCCACUCUGUUAUGUUGGGGAGAUGUUACUCAUGCAAUGGAUAAAACCGCUCCAGUUGACUUGACGUCAUUCAGUUGUUUUAAUAACUAACAACUGUUUGAUAGGUCCUCUCCUUUCUCCACAUUCCACUGUUGCCAUUUAUAGCUGUUGAUUACUAAUCUAAAUUGGACUAAUUGCUUUGUAUGGAUUUUUAAGCGUAAAAAAAAAAAUAUUUUGCCAUCAACAGCUAUUGGUGGUAUAGGCAGGACACAGUGGGUGUUGCUUGCAAACACAUGCACAGGGAUAUGUUCUGUAGCCUGUAGAAACCAAUCGGCUUUUAGCUUUCAUUUUUGUAGGCCAUUUUGAAAAUGUAAUCAGUCAUUUGGUUGGCUGUACUCUAUAGCACCAGUUUCCUACUGGGCAGAAUUCAGAACAGUCCCUCAAUGUGCAAUUUAUAUCUCGUUUAUAUUGGAGGGAAAAAAAGUCAACCUAAGCCAACAUCCGUAUAUUCCAUCAUGAGGACUUUUUCUGAGGAAAUAAUUUCUGAUUCAUGUCAGAUACCAAAUAACAAGUUCUUGUAUAUGUUUAAUUUUUUUCCUGGAAAUGUACUUUUGAAUAUGAAUAAAGAGAUGGUCCAAACA